CUUUUAUUUGGGGAAACUGAAACGACAAAUCAGGCAAUCUAUCCGUCUGAUAGUACUUGGUGCCGAGGCGAUGGAGUGAUUUCUACUGUGCCUCUUAUCCGGAACUUUUCAUGGGCAGCUUCUUUGUUUCUACUUCUCUCUCGCAGACGGCGAGGUCAUCAAAGUCGGCAAACCGCAACGGGAUAGCCAUCUGCGAAGGAGUUUGUAAUCAGUUGCAAAUCGCAAAGGACGGCCGACACCAUUUCCCUUCCACAGAAUGCCUCGACGACAGCAUAUUACGUUGCUGACAUUUAUUGGGGCCGCAGCUUUCUUGGGCAUAUUCUUUGUAUCUAUCUUCCGGAAUCAAGCAGAGGGAACAAGGCAUCCAGACUACCUCCCAUCAUACCAAGACCAGGUUGACUUCAACCUCGAUGAAGGCAUACUUCAUGGAGAAGCUACAGCCCCCAAGCUUGAAAAUGCUACCUUGAAAGCAGAGCUUGGCCAUGCAGCUUGGAAAGUCCUUCAUACGAUGAUGGCUAAGUUUCCGGACAAGCCUACCACCGAUGAUAGUGCAGCUUUGAAGUCGUACAUCCACUUGUUCGCUCGACUAUACCCCUGCGGCGAUUGUGCGAGACAUUUUCAAAAGAUUUUGCAGAAGUUUCCUCCACAGGUUGCUUCAAGGUCUACUGCUGCGGCUUGGGCUUGCCAUGUGCAUAACGAGGUCAACAAGAGGCUGAAGAAGGAUCUUUUCGACUGCUCUAAGAUAGGGGACUUCUAUGAUUGUGGGUGUGCCGAAGAUCCGGUACCAGGAAAAGGAAAGGAUGGAUUCACACAGUUAGAGUUGGAAAAGGAGGGGUUGACAAGAGGAGGAUAAAAGGUUUGUAAUUAGGUACAUAUGAAGGGUUGAUAGUGUUUGGAUAGCGACAGUAUCAUAGCAUGGCGUUGGUUUAGGAAGCAGUCUUUGCGAGGAUGAAAAUAUUGGCGGCUUUCUUCCGUUUUCUGGAUCCAUUACCUAGUCUCGAAGAGGCUUUCAAGAUGGGUUUGGGCAUGAGAAGUUGGCUAGGUGUGGCAUUUAUAUUUUGGUCAGAGUUCCAAAGCUAAAUCAAGAGAUGCGGGUAACAUAAAAUACAGUUAAACUUAAAGGUUACCGGACCUUGACUUGUAGCCUCUGAGUAGGUUACUUUAAUAAGCUAUUUGAGGGACAGUGAAUUGGAGUUGGGAAGAGUUGAAGCCGGGCUAGAUUUGUGGGCUGUGGUAGGAUAUCAAGUCCUAACUUAAGAAGCAUCAGCGAGAUAUUUAGCUACCGUCAUUCAAUGAAUAUUGGAAAGACUAAAAAAUU